CCCCCCCGGUCUCUCUCUGUCUCUCCUCCUCCCUCCUCCUGCUCCGGGCGGAGCCCGGCAUGGGGGGGCCGGCGCCCGGCAGGCCAGUGGAUCCGGGACCCAGGGAGGGCCGCCCCCCGGGCCUGGUGGCGCUGAGCAGGGCCCCCCAGCCCCCACCUCCUGCCCCACGACAUGAACCUCCUCUACCGAAAAACCAAGCUGGAGUGGAGGCAGCACAAGGAGGAGGAGGCCAAGAGGAGCUCCGGUAAGGAGGUGGCUCCUGCAGGCCCCGCAGGGCCUGGGGCUGGCCCGGGGCCUGGGGUCCGUGUGCGGGACAUCGCCUCGCUGCGCCGCUCCCUCAGGAUGGGCUUCAUGACAAUGCCAGCCUCCCAGGAGCACACCCCCCACCCCUGCCGCAGCGCCAUGGCCCCACGCUCACUCUCCUGCCAUUCAGUGGGCAGCAUGGACAGUGUUGGGGGCGGGCCUGGGGGGGGAGGUGGGGGUCUCACAGAGGACAGCAGUGCCCGAAGACCCCCUGCCAAGCCCCGGAGACAUCCCAGCACCAAGCUCAGCAUGGCAGGGUCAGGGGCAGAGAUGCCCCCCGGCAAGAAACCAGGCUCACAGAAGCCAACCCCAGAGGGCCGAGAGUCCAGCCGGAAGGUUCCUCCACAGAAGCCCAGGAGAAGCCCAAACACCCAGCUCUCUGUCUCCUUCGACGAGUCCUGUCCCCCAGCCUCCUCUCCUCGGGGGGGGAAUCUGCCCCUUCAGCGCCUCAGUAGGGGGUCCUGCGUAGCUGGGGACCCUGAGGUGGGUGCCCAGGAAGAGGAGCCCGUGUACAUUGAGAUGGUGGGGGAUGUCUUCAGGGGAGGAGGGCGAAGUGGAGGGGGCCUGACUGGGCCCCCUCUUGGGGGUAGGGGCCCAACCCCUCCAGCUGGCGCCGACUCGGACUCAGAAGAGAGCGAGGCUAUAUAUGAGGAGAUGAAGUACCCGCUGCCCGAGGAGGCAGGGGAAGGCCGGGCCAACGGGGCCCCUCCAGUGACCGCGAGCUCCUCGCCACACCAGCCUCCUGCCCUGCAGCCCCACACCCACCGUCGGCCAGCUUCAGCCCUCCCGAGCCGGAGGGACGGGACGCCUACCAAGACCACUCCUUGUGAAAUCCCCCCGCCCUUCCCCAACCUCCUCCAGCACCGCCCUCCGCUCCUGGCCUUCCCCCAAGCCAAGGCUGCUUCCCGAACCCCUGGCGAUGGGGUCUCGAGGCUACCGGUCCUCUGCCACUCGAAGGAGCCAGCGGGCUCCACCCCAGCUCCCCAAGUGCCUGCCCGGGAGCGGGAGACGCCUCCCCCACCGCCUCCGCCUCCUGCUGCCAACCUGCUGCUGCUGGGACCCUCGGGCCGGGCCCGGAGCCACUCAACACCAUUGCCACCCCAGGGCUCUGGCCAGCCCCGGGGGGAGCGGGAGCUCCCCAACUCCCACAGCAUGAUCUGCCCCAAGGCGGCAGGGGCGCCGGCAGCCCCUCCUGCCCCGGCCGCCUUGCUCCCUGGCCCCCCCAAGGACAAGGCUGUGUCUUACACCAUGGUGUACUCGGCAGUCAAGGUGACCACGCACUCCGUCCUGCCAGCUGGUCCGCCCCUAGGUGUUGGGGAGCCAAAGACGGAGAAGGAGAUCUCAGUUCUCCACGGGAUGCUGUGCACCAGCUCGAGGCCCCCAGUGCCUGGGAAGUCCAGCCCCCACAGCGGGGCCAUGGGCGCAGCAGCUGGGGUCCUCCACCAUCGUGGCUGCCUGGCCUCCCCACACAGCCUUCCGGACCCAACCACGGGCCCCCUGACUCCCCUCUGGACCUACCCAGCUGCAGCAGCUGGGCUCAAGAGACCCCCUGCCUAUGAGAGCCUCAAGGCUGGGGGGGUGCUGAAUAAGGGCUGUGGAAUGGGGGCCCCAUCCCCCAUGGUCAAGAUCCAGCUGCAAGAGCAGGGGACCGACGGGGGUGCCUUUGCUAGCAUCUCCUGCGCCCAUGUCAUCGCCAGUGCAGGGACACCGGAGGAGGAAGAAGAGGAGAUGGGCGCCACGACAUUUGGGGCAGGCUGGGCUCUGCAGAGGAAGGUCCUGUAUGGAGGGAGGAAGGCAAAAGAGCUGGACAAGGUCGAGGAUGGUGCCCGGGCCUGGAAUGGCAGUGCCGAGGGUCCAGGCAAGGUGGAGCGUGAGGACAGGGGCCCUAUGGCAUCAGGGAUCCCAGUGAGGAGUCAGGGGGCAGAGGGCCUGCUGGCCAGGAUCCACCACGGAGGGGACCGAGGAGGGAGUCGCACAGCGCUGCCUGUACCCUGCCAGACGUUUCCUGCCUGCCACCGCAAUGGAGACUUCACGGGAGGCUACCGCCUGGGGCGCUCGGCCUCCACCUCUGGAGUCCGGCAGGCCGCGCUCCAUACCCCCCGGCCCUGCAGCCAGCCUAGAGAUGCCCCAAGCCAGACCCACCCUGCCCUGCCGCUGCCCCUACCGCCUCAGCCCUCCCGGGAGCGCGAUGGCAAGCUGCUGGAGGUGAUAGAGCGCAAGCGCUGCGUGUGCAAGGAGAUCAAGGCCCGUCACCGCCCAGACCGAGGCCUCUGCAAGCAGGAGAGCAUGCCCAUCCUCCCUAGCUGGCGGCGGGGGCCCGAGCCCCGCAAGUCCGGCACCCCGCCCUGCCGCCGGCAGCACACUGUCCUCUGGGACACUGCCAUCUGAGGAGGCCGGGAGGCCGGGGCACCAGACUGGGGAGCGGGGCGGGGGUGCCCGGCUCUCCGGGAGACUUGCCUUGAAAGAGGGACACUUGAAGGACCAGGUGAGAGAAAGCCAGGGAGAACCCCCUGCCUUCCACCCUAACCCCCAGAGAUGGGGAGUCUGCCAGGCCCAUCGGGCAUGGGGCGCCAGCCGCACCCCCUGAAAUUUGGGGGAGGAGGGUUUGAGGUUCGGAGUGAGGCCCUCCGCUGCUCUUCCUCCUGGGCGAGGUAGACUCCUUCUCCUCCUGAGAGGGCAAAGGCCGAGCCAGAGGUCAGC